AAAAGGAUACACCCCCUUUUAAACUCAACCUCUCACAAAAGCUGUCAGUCCGAGUGUCCCAGUUUAGUUAAGAUGGAUCCCUGUACGAUGAUUGCAGCUGGUGCAGGAGCAGCUGUAGCAGUUGCAGCAGCUCCUGCUGUUCUAGCAGCGGCUGGUUUUACCGCAGGGGGAAUUGCUGCAGGUUCAGUGGCCUCCUCUUUGAUGUCAGUUACUGCUGUGGCGAACGGAGGAGGGGUCGCAGCUGGAUCUGUGGUAGCUGUUCUUCAAGCCGCUGGUGCCGCUGGAAUCCCUAUUGCAGCUAAGGCUGUUAUAGGCACCAUAGGGGCCACUUUGGCUGGAGCUAUGGGUGGAACAUUGAUAUGCAAUGCAGGAGCCGCAGGGGCAACUGCAAUCAUCCCGGUCACAGGCCAAGGCAUGGUGGGAGACGCUGUGAGCGCUGUAGUUGCCGGCUUAUUUUCCAACUACACUGUGUAACGGGAUCACUGCAUCUGUGCUUUAAUGCCCCAACAUAGUCUUAACAGUCUGAUAGAUUUCAAGAAAUCAAACAUAUCAUUUAACUAAUGCACAACCAUAAACGUAUGCACUUUCUAGGCUAAGAAAUAUUCUCUUUCUCUUCUGUAAUCAAUCUUAUACUUCAAACUUGACUUACUAUGAUUUUUAUUUGCUCUUAUGAUAAAUUGCUUGGGAUGUGAUGUUUGCAUAACAAGAUGGGUAAAUUGUUAAAGACAAAAACGGUUUAAAUUAAAGUAUUUAAAAUUUAAAUUAAUUAAAUGUAGGCCUAUUGCUUUAUUAAACCAAGAUGACAGUC